CAGAUGACGAACAUACUUGAACCAUCACUUUUCUCUCCCCGGAGGCUCGGACCCGGUACUUCUUCUAGCCUUUCCCAAAUUCGUUUCCCAUCAUGACGACGCCGAAAGUUCUCCUUCUCAUGGCCGACUAUGGCCACGAGCCUACCGAGGCGACGGUUCCCUACAUUGCAUUCGAAAACGCUGGAUUCGACGUGCAAUUUGCAACGGAGAAUGGCAAAGCACCCGAGUGUGACAAGAUCUUGCUUGAGGGGUUCGGUCAGAAGCUUCUUGGCGCCAAGAAGUCUGUCGUACAAGACUACGCCAAGAUGAUCGCUUCAGAAGAGUGCCAGCACCCUCUCGCGUGGUCCACGCCAAGCUUCUCGUUGGACCCGUUCUCGCUCGUCUUCCUGCCAGGCGGCCAUGACAAGGCGGUCCGGCAGAUCCUCGACUCAGCCACCGUGCAUGGAUUAUUGGCCGAGUAUUUUCCCAAGACCCGCCGAACGGAUGGUGUCAAGGCCAUCGGUGCUAUCUGCCAUGGAGUACUUGUUCUGGCUAAUGCUAAAGGCGCCGAUGACCAAAGCGUGAUUAGCGAUUGCUGCACUGCGACCUUGCCAGCUCGGUUCGAGCAAGUCGCUUACUGGGGAACCCGGAUGUUUCUUGGGGACUAUUACAAGACGUACGGUGCUGGCAGCGAGAAUGUUGAGGAUUCAGUUAAGAAGUGCCUCAAAGAGCCCGAAAAGCAGUAUAAGUCGAGUAUCGGAUUGGCGUCAUUUGUGGUGGAAGAUGCGCAAUACAACUACAUCAGCGCUCGAUUUCCUGGCGACACGGAGGAGAUGUCUCGAAAGAUGGUGGACCUUGUCAAAAGUUUCCAAUGAGUAUUUACUCUGUUUGUCCUAAAAUACCUAGCAGAAUGCCACAUAUUAUGGAG